GGACUCAGUAGCCUCCGAAACUUUCUUUAUUAGUUGUGGCCUCAAUUUUUACUUAAUACCCCUUGGUAAAACAGUUGAAUUAACAAUAAAAUGGCCGUUAAUGUUUCCCAUGCUGACUUGAUGUGAAAAAUAUAACAAGUUUCUCCGUCCCUUUCUCUCAUCUAUAAAUAAAAUUGUUUUUGAAGUUAAAGCCCUCGAAACAAUAAAUUUACUAAUGCGCAACUUUCAAUUCAUUAUUGAUCUCAAAAUCGUCGAUUUUUUUUCGGAAUUUUAAUUCCGCCACCGUUGCGAGAUUUAUUGAUUCGUGUUCAAGAUUUUACAUAAAAUACACACGCAGAUGCACGUUUAUUUGAGGUCAAUAAAGACCAUUAUCGCGCAGUCCUCCACACUUAUCGAUGUUGAAUUUAGGUUAUGUCAAGAAAUUUAUUUCUAAUUUUUUAACAAAACGGGUGUCUUGUUUUUUCCUGACCUUGAAAUUUUAAAUAAAUAUGGCGACGACGAGGUGGAGACUUGCGGAAAUAAAAUUCUUAAUUAUUUAAAUUCGAGGCGAACGGGGUUAAAGAAUCUUCAAGGUCGAACAUCGGUCGGGAAAGACCCGAGUUCAAGUCCGGCUGAGGACGUUUUUUUUUUUUAAAUUUACUUGGCGGCAGGACAAGAAUGCGGAUUUGAGUGAUAAGAUAAGCUUCAGGAAAAUAAAUGCUCAAGUUUCACGUUAUUUAAACUCUGAUUAGUGCUUAGCAUUUUCGAUUACAUUUGAGGUGAAAAAAGCAGCAAUGAGCAAUGAGCAGAAUGAAAAAAAAUCAAUUUAGAGUGUUAUAGUUAUGACCUCCGGUGAAUCACACUAAUUGAGGGCAACAGUAGAAAAGUGGUCACAUUAAAAACAUACAAUUGUUUUAUUUAUUAUACUUACCCAGAAAAUUGUUUUUGGUAAAAAUUAGUUUUCAGGAUACUAGUUUGCAAAUAAUGAUUCACUUAAGUGUAAAAUAGUUGCCAUUGAAGAACCAUUGAAACAAUCUAAUUACUAAUUAGCUAAUUUUUGUUAUUAUUAAAUUAAUUUUUUGACAUAUUUGCAUAAAAAAAUGCAAUUAUUUUUUGUUUCUUGUAAUCUGAUUACUAUUGAUUGAUUACAACAGGACUAUUCGUAAACAAAUUAACCCAUCGAUUCUUACCAGGAGGAUAAAUAAUAAUCGAAUUGAUUUUAACAGUGCUUCAUCCAAAGAAAGAAAAGUAAAGGCCAAGAUUUUUAACAAUUAAAAAAAAAUCUCAGUUUUAAUAAACAUUUAUUUUUUAUUGUAUUGGUAUGUAAAGAAAAACUUUGACAAUUUUUUAAAGUUUUUUGUGCUUCAAUGAGGUCUUGCUAUGACUUUUUGGCAGUUUGAUCAAGAGCCAAGCCUUUAUUAAUUGUUAGAAUAUUUUUUACUGAUACGUCAUGCAUGUUUAAUAGAAUUUUUCCAACACUUAUCUAAAACUGAUAAAGUUUCUUUGUUACGUAAACAUUUAAAAAUGAUGAGGAAAGUUUAUAUGACAAAAUUAUUUAGUGCAUUUUGUUUUUCUGAUAUUUUAUUAAGAAAAAUUAAAAGUUUUGUAAGCAUUUUUUGAAACUGAAUAUAAAUGUGAAACGAGAAGUAGAGAUAAAGUUUAGAUUACAUUUCCUAUCUACGACUGAGUAAUUAGAGUUAUCAAAACGCUUUGUGAAUUUAUGUUUGAAAUAAGAGUGUUUUUAAUUAAAUGAAGACUUAUUUUGGGAUUCAUAUAGUGAUUUAUAUUUUUUUUUACAAAGUCUUAAUUAUGAAAAGCUUACUUGAACGCCUCCGCGAGGAAUACAAAGCUCAUCAAAAAUCGCUCAAAACAAACAUUACAAAAACCAGCAUCGAGGAGAGACGAUUUAAUCUAAGUACGGCCUUGAACAGAGCCCGGAAACAAAACAUUGUUUCUCGCCCUACGUCCAUCUCGGUGUCUUCAAUCUCUGACGAUUCGGUGGAGGCAGCUUCUGUCAAUUCUUCCCCAGAACACCACACCUACAAUCCUGUGGACCCCCACGAAAUCACCCAACCGGAAUUUCUCAACAAUUUUGGACUCGUCACUCACGAUGUAUACAAAGAAAUGCAAAAUAAACGAGUCGAGAGGAAACGGCGGAGUACUGCUAACCCCCAUUUCCUCUACGGGAAUAAGGGCUGGGAUUUCCAACCGAAAAGAAAACGUAACUCGUAUUUGUAUUCGUCGAUUUCGCCCCCGAAUACGCGUCAAGCCGUCCGAAAGAAGAACGAGAGGGUGUCUCCGCCUCCCACAAAUGGAAAUGCUAAAUUGCCGUUUCCCCAAAUUCCGAAUUUGCCGAGCGGGCUUACGAUUGAAAGGGUUAGCCCUUCUAGCUCGUCGCCGGAUUCCAAGACUUGCGUGACUUGUAGGCAACCAGGUUUAUUGACAACUUGUGAGAGUUGCACCAAUGGUUUUCACGUCAGGUGUCACAAUCGACCUUUGGCGCAAUCCCCGAGACAAUGCCCUCGAUGUAUUAAUAAGGAAGUGCGCACUGUAGGGUCCCUAAACGUGCCUUCGGGAAUGAGCGUGUCUUAUGUGACGCCAUCCGAAGUUGCAGAAAAACUAGAGGAAAAGAAAAAGUUGGAAAAAGUUAAUAAGACACUUUCAGCUGAAUUGACCCAAUUGCAGGAUCGACACUCGCAAUUGACGAUCUCGUUGAAACGCCAGAAGAGUCAACAAGAAGAAUUGUUAAUGACGCAACAAACGACAGAGGAAAAGAUUAAACAAAUUUUAACUUUUAUUAGUAAUGUUAAAAAUGAAAUUGUUUCUAAACCGACGCAAUCUCAGGCUCAGACAUGAAAAAGUGUGAUCAGUUUUGUUAGCAAAAUGUUAUUCUUAUCAAUAUUGUUAAGACUGAUGGUAUAUUUUGUUAUAAGAAUUUGUAACGAAUUAAACAAGAGGACCAUAUUAUUUUA